AUGGCAGAAGAGGCUACAGCAAGCAGCAUGUCACAAGUUCUUCGUGUACUGGAUUUAGAAGGCUGUGAUCUCAGUAAAUUUAGCAAUCUUAAUCUGAGGCAUGUCGGUAAGCUCUCUCACCUGAGGUACCUUGGGCUAAGACGAACAUACAUCGCUGAGCUCCCUACAGAGAUCGGAAAUCUGAAGGUUUUGCAGACGCUGGACAUCAGAGGAGCUCAUGGCAUACGGGAGUUGCCGCCCGCGAUCACCGGGCUGAGGCAAUUGAUGUGCCUUCGCCUCGAUUGGGACACCAGGCUACCAAGAAAUGGUGGGCUCGCAACCCUGACGUCGCUGGAGGAGAUGACCGGGCUCAGAGUUCGCCGUGAUUCUGCAGACGGCGUCGUCAGAGAGCUUCGCUGUCUGAAGAAGCUCAGGGUGCUCCGGCUCCAGUGGGGAGAGAUGGAGCACGGCGCGGGCAGAGCUGUGGUGGGGGCUCUCGGCGAGCUGCAGGGGAUCCAGAGCAUCGAGAUUUACGCUUACGGCGGUGGCGGCGGCGGCGUCGGUAACGUCGGCGACGGCUGGGUGCCUCCGGCGUGCCUCCGCCGGUUCGUGUCGAACGGGCCCACGAGCGCGUUCUCGGCGCUGCCGGCGUGGGUGCGCUGCUCGCCUCUGCCGCGCCUCGCCUUCCUCGACGUGUGGGUGGAUCGGGUGAGGCGGGGCGACAUCGGCGUCGUCGGGGAGCUGCCGGCCCUCCAGUCUCUCCGGCUGCGGGCCACCGGCCGGAUAGACGCGCGCCCGGCGGUGGAGCGGUUCGCGGUGCGCGCCGGCGCGUUCCCCUGCGCGGCGGCGUGCGCGCUCCUGCACUUCGUGACGGCGCCGUCCAUGUUCCCGCGAGGCGCCAUGCCGAGGGUUCGGCGGCUCUCGUUCAGCCUCAGGGCAUGGGACUUCGCCGCCGCCGGCGAUGGCGGCGGUGGUGGUGGGCUUAGGCUUGGGCUGCGCGAUCUGGGCAUGCAGAACCUCCCUUCGCUCGAGGACGUUCGCGUCGAGGUUUGGUACAAGAACACGGGAGAUGGCGGUGGUUCGGCGGUGACGAGGAAGGUGGAGGAGGCACUGCGACGCGUGGCGGCCGUCCAUCCCAACCGUCCGGCCAUCAACAUCCGCAGGAGGAAGAUGACGACUGGAUCGGCCCAAUCCGAUUCUUCCACUUUGUCUAUCUAAAUCCAGUCAAUAAUAAUCGGCAUGUUUUGGCAAAAGAAAAAAAAAGUCUGAAUUAUACCCCUGAAAAAAUAUUGAGUGAAUAUGAAUUACCCCCAUAUACUCGAAAACCAGACAUUGUUUCACCCCUGAAGUUUUAACACUAGACAAAACCCCCCGAGCACUGUUGUGAGUGGUUUAGGGUUCGAAUAGCAAACACAUGCUGUCCUG